GUGGCGACACAGUUAAACCCGGAAGCUGAAGAGUUCCAACAAAGAAACGAAAGAGCAGCAAAAACAAAUGCUAAAAAGAGACUUAAACAAUUAGCCAAAACUGUCCAAGACGGUGAGUUAUAGUUGUUUUUUAGACAUUUAGAUUGUCUAAGAAAGGGGGAGGGUGUCGUGAACUUAUUAUAUUAACAUUAAUAUUAUAAUUUAUAUUGACAUUAACUAAGUAAUUAAACUGUUUAGGUAAGCACUUUGGGUUUUAGGCUGUAAACAGAGAGGAGAGGCGUGUUAAAAUACGUUUAAAACUGAUUUAUUUGUGUGGUCUUUUCAUACUACAUUCCCCACAACCAUUUAGUUAGCUCCCAUACAUAAGCCCUUAUUUAUCCCUACCUUCUUAAUAUGCCCCAGUCAAGAAUCACUGAAAAGAAAAUAAGCCGGCAGCAGGCUGAAUAGGAAAUGCACUAUUUUAUAAUUUAUUUUUUAAUGAAUUUCUCAUUGUUUUCUGAGUAUAAGUUUUAGAAUGUACCUGGUAAGGAAACGUGUUAUAAAAAAUCUUAUUGGUGUGCUUUUAAUUUCUUAUUAUGUGGUUAUGAUUAGUUUACCCGUUCUGGAGUAAAAUUAAAGGCUGGAAUCAAGAACAACUUAUAAAUGCGGAGGGAAUGAUUCUUCCAGGCAUUGUAUAGGCAACAACUUUUGGUGCAAGAUUACCCCUUCGCCCAUUUCGUACUACUAAAUUGUAAACUAGAAAUACAUGCAUGCAACAACCCCUCGCCAAUAUUUUCCAAACAUUGUUUCAACAUGAAGUAUUUGUAAUUACUCCAACACUGAACACAGGCUCGCAUUGCUCACGUCAUGUAAUCAUGUUAGCCACGGUGACACAAUAAUUUUUUGUGCAAAACAGUAAAAAUAAAUGAAACCUGAACACUUUUAAAUACAGAACUGUCAAUUUCUAAAAUAUAUAAAGUAGGUAUAUUAUUUUGCUUUGUAUGGGCUUUAUUUUAAUGUAAAAUUCAACACGAAACUCUUCGUAAAACGUUCUUAAAUGUAAAUUGAAAUCAACCGCUUUUUUGCCGAUAAACUCUUCAACUCGAGCUAGUUUCAACUUAUUACUCGCACUUUGAAAUGAAAUAAAUUUAAUUCAUACAUGACACCAAUGAAAAUAAUUUGCUUUCCGUUCUAUCAUGAACUUGUACAAAAGUUAAUUUAACAGUAAGGAACUUUCGCAUACAAUGCAUAGCCAUAGGAAAGACUUGAACAACAAAAACAAAGUUUAUAAUAAUACAAAGUCAUACAUAAACAACUGAAACAUUUACUUGCCUUAUACUUUAGGAUUUCUCAUACUAAAUCAAUUCUCAAUGCUUGAGAUGAGAUGACCACCCAUACACCAUGCGCCCACAAUAUUUGAUGAACUUUAGACUUCGCUAGUGCGUUCCUUUCCCCGGGUGUAACUAGCCGGGCAGAAUUAGUACCCUCACUCCGCGGCAUUGGCUCGGGGACAAAUUGUAAAUUUUGACAUACUAAAACAUUAAAUUGUAAAUUUCGGCAUACUAAAACGCUCUUUUCUGACCAACAGAGUUCUGUCAAAUCUUCCCCAAAGUCCAGGAAAUGGCAUUUCAGAAACUCUAAAUUUACAAAAGAUAUGGUAGAUAGGACUUAAUUUAGGACUCUUCACUCCAGUUGCCUGUACCUUCAAUCGUUUUGUUGAUUGCAAAGAUAAUAAAGGGGAUGUAUAAACAUGUCUGUCUAAGGUGUUCUGGUUCACAUGUGACAUUAUAAAGUCAUAUAUUCCUAUUCAAAUUUAACAUAUGUAUUUUAGAUGACGUUGAAGACAGUAGCUUGGAAGAAGGCACUUACAUCAUUCGACCCUCUAACCUAUUAGUACCCAAGGUUGGAAUCACAGGACCAGAAGAGUUGUGCAAUGCAAAUUCCUGCCAAGCUCCCCAGGGCCACAACUCGCAAGCACCAAAUGCGGAGCUACCAUGGGUUCAAUGUGAUUCCCCAAGGUGUAGGAAGUGCAUGGUUUCAUCUACAGUGUGUUGGUGCCAAGGAAUUGGUUUUGUGGCUGCUCAAAGUUCGAACGAGAAAAUAUAG